AUGGAAGAAAGCGCGUCUAAUCGUCCGACAGAUACCCCGGAGGGCUCUGCUGGGGCCGAUGAUAACGCGCAGUCGGCUGCUGGAAAGAAUGCAGCUCUCAAAGACCGCAAGUGUCAAUAUUGUCACCAGGCAUUUACCUCGUCCUCCCUGGGCCGUCACCUCGACCAGUUUCUCUUCAAAAAGAAACCGGACGGUGUUCAUGAUGUCGAGGAAAUACGGCGCAUUCGAAGUGGCAUCACCCGCCGACAGGCUCGCACCUCGUCUGGCAAACGGGACACUCCCGAACGGACCAUAGGGAAAGGCCAGUUGGAUCCGUAUGCGAGUGACUCAGGUGUGAAGCCACGCGACGGUGUUAGAAUGAUGUUUAAUACCCCCACUUGGCAUGCGACGGGAGUCAUCAACGAUAUUCCUAAUCCUAGUCAGUCACACGAUAUUUCCAGCACAUCACGGUUUUCCACUUCGCAAACUCGGGCCCCUAAGCCCCUCCCUGAUUAUGCGAGCAGAGGUGCUAGCGCUAAUAGUCCUGAUACGAUGAGGGCUCUGGAGCUGGCUUUACGGGAAGUACUGGACAAUAUCAAGGCUGCAACCUCAAGAAUGCGUCCUCGAUUGUCUCCAUUCGAUUUCGAUAUUCAAUCGCAGACGUUUCCUUCGCUCUGUCUGCAAUUGCUGCCCCCACCUCCCAGCUUAUUCGCGACGAGCCCGUUCCCAUCGCCUUCUUCCUUCCCGCUCCAGCCCCCUGGUGUGGAACAUGUGGAGAUCAUUCGACAAGCACUUCGUGCGAAGAUCGAUCAGUGGCAGUCCGAUCAACUUUCUACCGACUCUAUGAGCAACUCCCAGCCGGGGAGGCCAAGUAUUGGCCUGGAUGCGAACAUGAUCGCCCGAAGUGCGCAACAACAUGAAGACAUUAGUCUGCGGCAUCUAGAGUUGGCGUUCAAACAUUGGGCUUCUCUUCCUUCUGAAACGAGGCGAGAUGCAUGGCAGCUUGAGAUUACUCGAGCUUUCGCCCGGGAAAUGGAAAAACGCAAAUCAUUGGACGACCAGCUAGCUCGGGUGCAACAAGAAGCAAAUCAACUUCGUGCCCAAGUAGAAAGAUUAGGCUCGUGUCAAUGGCCAAGGGAGUUCGCUCUCUUUCCUCCUGACACGUUGCCGCUACCUCGGGAUGUAGCCCGAGAUUUGGACACCAAAGAAAGCAAGAUCAGCCCCGAUUCCUCCCGCUGGGACUAUGAUAGUGUCGUGGCAAAGUGGAAGCGCGUGGUGAUGCACGACAAGAGCAUGGGCCGCGUCGGGGUGGGACACUCUAGUCCGGUCUUGGAAGACCAUGCUACUGCGGAUGGCAAACGGUUGGUGAUGACUCGGGAAGCAUGUCCAGGUCAAGAAUUCUGCAACCCCCAGCGGCUAUGA